AUGGGCGCCAAUUUUGCGCCUCAGAACCACCUAGUCUGGAAAAUCUGCAUUACGCUGCUUCACCUACUGGCCAUAAGCUCGACGGCUGUCCGCUUGUGGGACCGCUGGCGGAAAGCGAGGCUCUGGUGGGAUGACCAUGUGGUCACUAUCGCACUCAUCGUCGACCUUGCAUACUUCAUAUUGCUCUGGGUGAAAUACAGAAACGAGAAAAUUACAUGGUUCCUGCCCCAAGACCAGGUGUUUAUUCUCUCCACCUGGUUUCUCUCUUUCCUGUAUUUCACCGUCGUCUGGAUAUCUCGCACCAGCCUUGCCCUAUCCCUCGCACGGAUUUUCCUACCGGGUGAACGAUACCGGGCGUGGACAAUACGAUUCGCCAUCCUACUCGCCUUCCUCUACACAGGCAUCGUCCUUGUCACGACCUUCACCUGUCCAGGAUCUCCAUGGUGGCAGCUUGACUACUCAAAAUGCAUCACGACCUCGCUUGGCACCCAUGACUUAGGGACUGUUAUCAGCGUCGUUUGCGACGUCGUAGUCGAUGUGGCGCUGGUUGCUGCGCCUCUCCUCAUGCUUUGGCAUAUUGAUUUCCCAAGGAGAGAGCGCAUCUUAAUUCUGAUCCUGUUUUCCGCGAGCAUCCUGACACUUCUCGUCACGAUACUUUACUGCACUUUAUGGUAUCUUGGCUUCCGGUUUGGGGAAGACUCAAAGCUCAUUUUUGCCAUGUUAGGACAUAUGCAGGCGGCCAUCUCUCUCCUCGCUUGCAAUUUGCUGGUAGUCGUCAUGUUGAUUUACAAGAGGUUCAGGCCGAAUACAGAUGAAGACUCCUCCGACGAGACUAAUGACCCGCCUGCAAACACGAGAAAGGUCACGACGAGGACCCAUUUUACGACUACUGAAGCGCCAUCAUACACCGUGAUUACAGCACCGUCUGCAGUCAACUCGUCUGUUCUCGGUUCAAAUCCUCCAUUGAUAUCCGACAAUUCCAACACCUCUAGGGGCCAGCCAUCAUCAUUUCUAACACCCGCGCCAUCGAAUUAUACCGUCUCUGACUCCAGGGUGUCCAAUCCUUCUCACCCUAACCCUUCAUAA